AUGCUCCUUCGACCCUCUUCAAUCCUGCUAAGCUAUCCCACUGAAUUCACACUCUGCACGCACUCACCCACUCACUCGCUUGCACUCGUGCCUUCCACUGCUUGCUUGCGCUCGCUCCCUCCUCCUCCUCUCGCCGCUCUCACGGGCGGCACCAAGGGACCCUCCCCAGCUUCCCUCUGCCUACACCCCUCUGCCAGCACACCUACAGGCCGGCAGCAGCAGAAGGCAUGGAGGAGCAGUGGGAGCAGCGUGGCGAGCGGGAGAGGCGAGUGGUGGGAUGACGCACGGCCUGGGCUGGCCCUGCUGACCACUGCGCUCGCCCAACCUCCCGGCAGCACCAGCGCGACCGACCGUGGCGUCUCUGAGUGGCGCUGCGGCAGCAGGGGGAGUGUGGCGGCAAGGAGAGGCGCAUGGCCGUCUUCCCUCUGCCUACACCCCUCUGCCAGCACACCUACAGGCCGGCAGCAGCAGAAGGCAUGGAGGAGCAGUGGGAGCAGCGUGGCGAGCAGGAGAGGCGAGUGGUGGGAUGACGCACGGCCUGGGCUGGCCCUGCUGACCACUGCGCUCGCCCAACCUCCCGGCAGCACCAGCGCGACCGACCGUGGCGUCUCUGAGUGGCGCUGCGGCAGCAGGGGGAGUGUGGCGGCAAGGAGAGGCGCAUGGCCGUCUUCCCUCUGCCUACACCCCUCUGCCGGCACACCUACAGGCCGGCAGCAGCAGAAGGCAUGGAGGAGCAGUGGGAGCAGCGUGGCGAGCGGGAGAGGCGAGUGGUGGGAUGACGCACGGCCUGGGCUGGCCCUGCUGACCACUGCCCUCAACGGCGAGGCGAGGAGGGAGAGGUGCCGUUGCUGGCGAGCGCUCCUGCAUGCAGCUUCGACCCCUCCUCAAUAA